CCGAAAAUUGAGAUCGAUAAAACAAACAAAAAAUACGCGCUACGAUUAUCCAAAGUUAAGUUUCAACAUACAAAAGGCGGAGCAAUUACAUGGUUGCUAUCGCCAUUACGAAAAAAACAGGGAGGUGGGUGGGAAGGGGUAGGAGAGAGAAGAGAACGACAAGCAGGGAGAUAUGUGGACGUUUUGAUGCAAUUCAUUUGGGGUGGCAAGAUUUAUUGGUUUUGGUUUUUCUUCUUCUUAAUUAUGUCCUCACUUGCGCAGUUCGCAGUUCGCAAUUCUCCUUAUUAUUAUUACAUUCUCUUUUUUUUUCUUUAACAGAAAACCCCCCCUUUGUGUUGUCAUUAAAUUGUCCUUCCUGGUACGGGGGUUCUAGAGUAUCGAAUACUAUUACGAGAGAGAGAUUUUGGUUGUUUGAUUAUAUUUGGUUUCCCCCCCGGACCUUGGCCGCUUAGAUGAAAAAGGGCCUUUCUUGGUCAAUCGAUUGCUUCGCUUGUUUCCGCCUUCGUCCCUUCUUUUUAUGUCAUGUGUUACGCCUAAUUCUUUGAUCCCAGAGUAGGGGAUGAGUAAAAAGGGUGGCGGGUAUGGGGGAAAACGGGUAGAGAGUAAUAUUAGCAGAUAGGCAAAAUACACAGCCUUUGAUGACCUGAAUUUCGCGAGUGAAUAGUAAAAGAAGCGAGCGUAAGAAUUCCACUACCAGAUAUGAAA